CUACUCUUUCAUGUCUCCCCCUAUAUUUUAUUUGGCUUACUCUUACAUAUCAUUCCAAUCUUGAACAAAAAGAGCAUUUUGUUCCUUUUCUUCUUCAUCUUCAAUCAUUUCUGGUCUUUUUCCUUUCCUCAUUCCUUUCGUAAACCAAACCUUUUUUGUUCAUUUUGACAUUAUCGUCCAAGUGUCUCGGAUUCGAGCAUGUCAACAAGAUUCAAAGGGAUUUAUCAGAAGAGCUUCAAGUGUUUCUCCGACAUUUCGGAUGAGAAGGAUGAGGAGAUGGAUAUAGGUUAUCCUACAGAUGUUCGACACGUGUCACAUAUCGGUUGGGAUAGUUCAUCGAGUAGUGCACCGAGUUGGCUACGUGAAUUCAAGACGAGCAACAACGUUUUUGAGCCAAAUUCAUCGUGGCCGUUUACAGAUUUGAAAUCAGCCAUGGAAGCAUUUGGAGAAGUUGAAAGCAGCAAAGAAUUGGGGAAAGAAUCAACGAAACAAUACCAGAAGAAGAAGCUCUCUUCAAAAGCCUCUAAGUUGUGUAAUCCAUGGUCACCAAGAUUCUCAAGAUCAAGCAAGGUCAUUACUUGAUUAUUUUAACUUUUAGAUCAUUGCCGUUGUUUAUAUAAUAAUAUAGAGAAUAUAGUGAGAUAUCAAUGUUGUUGUUUUCAUUCGAGAUAUCUAUCUUCAGAAGUGUGUACAUAUUAAUAUUGAAAGCGUCUUUGCAAUGAUAUUGGAAUUGCUUU